AUGCCUGCCAUGCUGGAAGACCCCUCAACCCGCAAUCCCCCACCGAAGGCACACAUCGUCGCAGCGCCGACAGUGUCGGCCAGGAAAACAACCCUGCCCAAGUCCUCCUCCGCACCAAUGACACUGUACCCUAUCACAGGUGGGCCGCAAACUGUCCCAAAAGACCUGAUCAAGUUCCUGCACGAGGAAUUCAGUGCGGAGAUCGUCCGCGGCGCAACGUAUCCCAUGGAGCAGCCGAUGGCACUGGAUCAAUUCGCUGAUUACUGGUUCGGGACGUUUGCGGUCCUGGCGAUCUUGGACGACGAGGGAGAGGGCCUUCGCGAGGGAAGGGAUUGGGAAAAUGUUUGUCUGGGGACUUUCUAUAUCAAGCCUAACUAUCCUGGUCGCUGCUCGCAUAUCUGCAAUGCAGGCUUCCUCACCACCACCACUGCACGCGGCAAGGGUGUUGGAUAUGCCAUGGGAGAGUCCUAUCUGGAAUUUGCCCCCCAAUUGGGAUACACAUACUCAGUUUUCAACUUGGUCUUCGCUAAUAACCCGGCCUCCAUUCGUAUCUGGGAGAAGCUAGGAUUCAGCGUUAUCGGACGAGUACCCAAAGCUGCGCGGUUGGCGAACAGCGAGGACUUGGUCGAUGCAUUGAUCUUCGGUCGUGAAUUGGGAAACUGA